AUGAACACUCCCAUGUUAUCAGCCUAUCUCGAUCAGUGCCUUCCUUCCUAUCUAUCUAUCUAUCUAUCUGUUCCUAUGGAUAUACACAAUCUAUCUAUCUAUCUAUCUAUUCCAAUCUGUUCAUAUCUGUUCAUAUCUAUCUAUCUAUCUAUCUAUCUAUUCCAAUCUGUUCAUAUCUAUCUAUCUAUCUAUCUAUCUAUUCCAAUCUGUUCAUAUCUAUCUAUCUAUCUAUCUAUCUAUUCCAAUCUGUUCAUAUCUAUCUAUCUAUCUAUCUAUCUAUCUAACCAUUUUUUCUAUCUGUUCAAAUAUCUUUCCCAGCAAUCUGAUUUCUACCUAUCUAUUUUUAUGUAUAUGCUUCUACUUGUCCAUCUUUCUCUUUUAUCAUUCACAGAUCUAAUUUUAUUUAUCGAUCAAUCGAUCGACCCUUGUUUCUUUCCAUCGAACUUUUGUUCAUCUAUCUAUCUAUCUAUCUGA